AUGUUUGGCAACAGACGCAAUUCGCAAAAGCCAAACGAAGGCCUCAUCAAUAGGUUUCAGGCCACUUUCUCCGAUGUUGUUCGGCCCACUGUCACGGGGGAUCCGUCUUCGAUCAAUGGCGACUUCAAUCGCCUUACUCCAGGUUUCCGGUUUACGCCAUUUCUAGAUGACCAGUCGCUCCCAACCCCCGGAGCUACUGCUCACCAGAAUUUUACUAGUCAUUUCCCCGCCUUGCAUUCAGUCUAUCAUGGCCCGGCCGGAGAUUUACACACCCCAACCGCGGGGUCAAGCCUUUUAACGCCCAGAACGCUCUUGGAGCAAUUUGCAGUCUCACCUCUACCGAGGAACACCAAUGGAAUCUCGUACGAUAGACUGGAUCCCCUAUAUUUUGCAAGAGAACCCCAAAGCAUGGCCUGCGGCAAUCACAAUCCUGCAUACCCACCGAGUGCAUUUGUUCACUCUGAUCUGGCCGAUGGUUUCGUUGAAGAACCCAGCCAGCAACAAUUUCAGGCUAGCUCAGGCAAUCAGGGUCUGUUCGCCCCUCAUUUUAUCUCUCCAGAACACCAAGCACCAAGACCUGCGGAGAGGUCCUCUAGUGAAGGCCAGGCUAACAAUUUCCGGUACCAAGUGACAUUGAAUACGCCCACGGCAAUGAUUCAUGAUCCUAAUGAUGCACCGCCUCCUUUAAUCAACGGAAUGGUUCAAUAUCGAACGUCGGUCCGAGUAACUUUCCAAGAGCCCGAGCAUGUUUCCAACCCUGCUGCCUGUUGGAGUCUUUGGGACGACGUGCGAGGCCAUGAGGGGCAUCGGAAAGAUGGAAAUGCGCAUGCGGUGGAAAUGGUCGAUUUAUCGCAAGGAAAUGAAGGCGAACGCUAUCCUAUUCGGCUUGAAAAAACAUCUUUAGAUGGGUUUUCAGUUGUCUGGUUUGCAGACCCGACUAAGGGGAAAUCCGGGUUCACGAUAGGGAUCCGAUUCAACUUCCUUUCCACAGACUUUAGUCAUUCUAAGGGUGUGAAGGGAGCGCCUCUUAGGCUCUGUGCCAAAACUGAGACGUCCAUCCCAGGUACUGCCGAGCUGAGCUUUUGCUACGUGAAAUUGUUCCGUGACCACGGUGCUGAGCGCAAAAUGUUUAACGACGUUUCGCAACUGAAGCGGGCAAUUGAAAAACGCAAAGAGGAUUUUGCCAAAGCCGACAGUGGUGAUAAUCUGGGGAAACGAAAGCGCGGUAAUCGUUCAGUCUAUACGAGUGAUCGGAAUUCCGAGAGCGAGAGGAAGGCUGAAUUACAAAGCCGAAUGGAUGCGGAGUUGGCAACAAUGCAAGGCAUAUUCUACUCUAACCGACCUGUGACCCACUUCUGUCUUCCGGGUGACCAGAAGGAUGAUCCAGAUCUGUCCCCGGUCCAAAUGAUAGAGCAAACACAAGGCGCCGCAAAGAAGCCGCGUCAUUUACAGACUUUGACACCGCCGUCGACGUCAACAUCAAACAGCGUGUCAAGCAACGGCUCGAAUAGUUUGGUUCAUCCUCAGGUACCGGGGUCACAACGGGAUGCUGGAGCUCCAGAGUGGAAUGACUACAGUGGCUCUUCAAAUCAAUACUCCCGUAGUAUUAGCAGCGAAACUCCUUCUGACAAUGCAACCACAACACACACAAGUCCUGAGUUGCCAGCGAUAUCUACUACCGAUGAGUGUGAAAUAAUGGAGGUUAAUUCGAAGUUGAACACACCAGCAAAAUGUUUCUAUCUACGCUUCAAGCAAAGUGGUAUCCCGCAGGACGACUACCACACUGCCGUAUAUCUAGUGGAGCCUACAGUUGAUGAACUGAUAGAGAAGAUUGCUCAAAAACAAAAAUUCAAUCGAGACCAGAGAGUCCAAUUAUUUCAUGCCAAGCCAAACGGGAUGAAAGUAAUGAUUGAUAAUGAUGUAGUCAAGCGAAUCCCGGAUGGCCAAGACAUGGUCGCCGAGGUCUCUGACUUGGAAGAAUCAAACAAAAUUGCAAGUGCCACCGGUGGUGGCUCACUGCCUGCGGCUAUCGAAGUUCGAUUGUCUUUCUAG